AUGAAAGUAAAAAUAUUCUUGGGAGAAUACGCCUAUAUAUACCGAGGAAAUAUAGAUUUAAGAGAAAUGAACGAAUAUGUGAAAACAUUGACAAUCAGACCUUUUAUACUAAAAUGGAAGGAUUAAGAAGAGGAUUUAAUUACAAUAUCAAAAAAAUAGGAUUUAGUUUAUUUUUAUCAAUCAUGGACUCAAAAUGAAACUACUCAAAGUCAGCCAUUUCGUCUAUAUGUUCAAGAAAUACCCUAGUCGAUUCAGAAUACUUAAAUUACAUAGUUAUAAUCACAAUCUCACAUUAACUCUAAGAUGAUAAGCCCUUCUUAAAAGUAUUCUUGUACCAGACAGUAUUAAGGAGUUACAUAAUUUACAUUUGGUCAAUAGAUAAAUGAUUUACCAAGGAGUCAAGAGGCGCAAAGGGAGAGACAUUCUUAGUAGAUAUAUUUAUAAUCAAUUAAGGAAAUAAAUGGUUCUUCCAAGAAUAUAAGUAAUCAAAAUCUAGAUUAGUUACAAUUUUAUAAUCAAUAUAACGAAGAGACUACAAAGUUUAAGAUUCAAUAAGACUUUAAUAAUAUUCCAUCUUAAGACCCUUCAUCAUUUUUGAAUAUGGAUAUGAAAUAGAGCAUAAAAAAUCAAUUUAUUGAUGUGCAAAUGCCAAAUGAAGAGGAGGAUGUCUUGGAUAUCAAAGAUGAGGAAGAUGAAGAAAUAUUUGAUAGCAAAAAUAUCUAUUGUGACUAUUGUUCUGAUAUAAUAGAGCCAUAAGAUGAAAAAACAAUACUUUAUAUAUGUUAGCAGUGUGAAGAUUUUCAUAUUUGUAGAUUGUGUUAUGAUCAAAAUUAAGAGCAGGUUCAUGUGCAUCAAUUAAAAGAAAUACCUAUUCUAUGA